UUCCUUUAGAGGCUGGAGCGAACAUUUCUUAGCCGUCCUUUAUUCCUUAGCUGUCCAUUGAUCUUGCUCCUCACCAUUCACACCCUUGCGAAACCCCUUUUUACUAUUAUUUUUGGAUUCCAAUUUUCAAACACCACUCCAAAAUUCAAAAAUAAUCCCUCCGUCACCGGCGGCGCUAAAUUCUUUCGCGGGUGAUCUUGCCUUUCUCGUCUGCCAGGAUGAAUAGAGACUCGAACGCGAGGAGUUAGUAAUUAAUUGACUUAGAAUGAAUUGAAGGACUUAUGAUUAUUAGAUAUUGGCCCUGAUUUGGAGUCAAAAGACAAGUCGAAAACAAUGACGGAAGUGGUUUUGGAUAAUAAUGAAAAUGGAAGCUUGCCCCAUGAUUCCAAAGAUAAGCUUAUGCAUUGUGUGAGUAACUGUGAGGACCACAUAUUUGCUGAGGAAACUUUGUAUGGAGAAGGACAAGCAAAAAUACCUGAAGGAGAUGAGGAUAUGGAGAUUAACAUAACUGAAUGCACAAAUUCUGGUGGGGACAGGUUGGCUGUUGCUGAAUGUCAGGAUGACACUGAGAAUUCGAGUUCUUUUGGUGGCACGGUGUCAGGGAUGGAGAAUGAUUCAGCAAUAAGUGAUGCUGAAGUUGAAUCGGCAUUAUGUGGUGCGAGUCCACUGGGAUCAGUGUUUGAUGGAUUGUUUCCAGUGAGGAAGAGAAAGUUGACAGAUCAUUGGAGGAGGUUUAUACGUCCCCUUUUGUGGCGAUGUAAAUGGUUAGAACUGCAGCUUAAGGAAUUUAAGUCUCAAGCAUUGACAUAUGAUAGAGAACUUGCAGAAUAUGAUCAGAGAAAGAAGUUUGAAUAUGAAAAGUUCACUUUUGAAGGGCUUGAUGUGAAGUCACAACCUUUUCCUUGUCAAUUUCAAAGGAAAAAAGUAAUGAAGAGGAGGAAAAGAAAACGAGUUGAAGAGACUGCUGAUUUAGCAUCUUAUAUGUCAUGUCAUAACCUCUUCUCAUAUUAUGAAAGUAAGAAAUCUGUCGUUGCUACUGCUACUCUGGAAAAUGAUAAUGGUAAUUUAGAAAACAAAACGGGCAAUGGCAAUGAUGAUGUUUGGUUGAAUGAUGGAUUGUCGUGUCUUGAAUUCAGAGAUGGUGAUACUUGGUCAGGGCGGAUCCUUAGAAAGAUUGAUCUGGUUCAAUCCCAAGUACGCAGGCUAAAGACCAGAGUUGACAAGGUGGUCAACGAAAGUCCUCGAAAGUUCUCUUCCAUUAAUAUGUUGAGUUCCCUUGUGCCAUCUGAUGCAUUAACCGGUUCUAGAAAUCGUCCUUCUCCACCUGAGAGUGGAGAGAGAAUCCCACAUAGAUCUCAAUAUGCUUCAUCCCAGCAUCUAUCUGAGUGUAAUAUGGGAGAUCUUUUUAUGCCUGGAAGUGCAGUUUCAAGUCACGGAGAGGUGACACCUUUCCCUGAUAUGAUUGAGGGCACAGGUCAGCAUCUGGCCGGGAUUUCUUAUGAAAAUACUGAGGAUAAUAUUUUGAUACAUAACCAGGCUGCGAAGGAAGAGUUGCGUAAUUUUCAAAGUGGUUUAACUGAGCAGGCAGAGGAGCCACGGAAACCAAUGGAAAAACCUAAGACUGUUUCUAUUGUUCUUGCUCCUGGAGAUGACCUCCCUACAAACCCUCCUGUUCAACCAAAUGCGAAGAUAUCUUCGACUUCCAAGUCAAAGGGCCCUAAUAACAAAAGGAAGAGGGGGAAACGAAAAUCAGGCUCAGGUAGGUGGAGUCGAAGAUCCUCGGGUUAAUUGGAUUUGGUAAUUUGGGAUUUUGAAUCUGUACAUGUUCGAAGGAAAUAACUUCUGGAAGAGCAGUAGUGAACGUAUCCAGCUCUAAUGAUAUCUAUGUACAUGCUCGGUGAAUAUUUUGCUAUCUCCUCCUUGUUUCAUGCUUCAAGCAUGAUUUGUACAUGCUACUUGUUCAGUUCAGAUGAUGCGGUAUUCAUAGUUUUA